AACAUAAUCAUGAGCGGACGCGGCAAAGGAGGUAAAGGACUCGGUAAGGGAGGCGCUAAGCGUCACCGUAAAGUUCUCCGUGAUAACAUCCAGGGAAUCACCAAACCGGCCAUCCGCCGUCUGGCUCGCCGUGGUGGCGUGAAGCGUAUCUCUGGUCUGAUUUACGAGGAGACUCGCGGUGUGUUGAAGGUUUUCCUGGAGAACGUCAUCCGUGAUGCCGUCACCUACACCGAGCACGCCAAGAGGAAGACCGUGACCGCCAUGGACGUGGUUUAUGCUCUGAAGAGACAGGGCCGCACUCUGUACGGCUUUGGAGGUUAAAUCCGUAACUAAUCUGAAACUAACGGUCCUUUUAAGGGCCACCCACGUUACCGUGUUAAGAGUGGUUACCUACGUAAAUUAUGCAGACUAAGUGUUGCCCUGCUGAUAACUGCGGUGAAGUUAGUUUCAAGUUGGAUAUUGGAUAUUCGCGCUGUGGUUGUUGACUUAGGGACUGUCAAUAAAUUUUGAACCAUCACUCUUCAGAAACAAAACUUAUAGCUGUCCUCUCUUGUUACCAACUCUCACAAAAUCAAUGAAAUAUCAUGCAACAAAAUUAAAUGAAUCUGCUAAAUUACCAGAUUUGAGUGAUUUUGCUGUAUUUUUUCGACGUGUUUUUAGCCAUUUUUCUUAUCCAGAAUUUCUGAUUAUCCUUCAAUAGCUUCCAGGUCAUGUGACCCAUUGACACAAAAUCCAUAUUAAACUUUUCUCCUAGUUUCCACAGA